GGACAGGGAUUAACACAAUUUAAUUAUGGCAUGGUUGGUUUCUCAGGAAAAAUGUAUGCUAUCAAAGUAGAGGUACUAUCAGCUCAAGAUGCCGUUAUGCGAUUUUUGACGGUGUCGAUUCAAUCACGAGGAUCAGCGAGGAUCGCGGAUUCGUCAAAGUCUUUGUAUAGUCUUGAUGCGGCUUCGUACUUCCCGGCAUUCAUAUCAGAGCUGUCAUGCCAUUGUAGGUCGCUAGCUUUAGGUGUUACUGAGUUCGGAAAUCCACCAUCCUCCUCUUCAAUUAUUGACGGUGUCCCACUACCUUGA